AACAUCUUAGCCUCUGUUGAUCAUUUUAAAAUCAAAACCAUGACCAAACCAAACAAUGACUUUCUCCAACCUCAGCUGCAAAGUGGCCAGGGCCUACACACCCAGGAGAGCGGUGAGGAUGGCCUCUCCUCCAACAUGAAGCACACAUUCAUUGAUCAUAACAAUGGAAGUGUGCCUCUGCCUGUAGCAGAUAAGGGCAGCUGUGUGAAACCAAUUCCUAAGGAGGAAAGAAGCACAGUUGUCCCAUGGUCGCACACCUCAGUGUCUGAGUAUGCUACUGGUCCAAAAACACACACUGUGUUUGCUGAAGAAGGGUUCAAAAAACCGCCCACCCAAGCUGUGACGGACAACAUCCCAGAAGAGGAAGCUGUCAAGAUCGUAUCCGGCAAGACAGCCAUUACAGAGGAGCAUGCAGAGGUAGAAGGAGAUGAAAGCUGCACUAAGAUGGACUCUGGGGAAAUCCCUGAAACACCCAAAGGUCAAACGCUGGUCGGCAGAGAAGGGAGAAGCAAGGGAAGAACUGCUUCAAAGCACUGGAAAGUGUUACUACUUGUGAUUGCAUUCAUGCCUGUUGGUGUCUCGGAGGGCUCUUCUGCAGAUCAAGAUUGUAAAUGUAGAGACAUUCACCCCACCGCAGGCAAAUGCUAUACCUGCAAGGACAAGGACGGAUGCAGUAAAUUGAAGACAAUAUAUGAUUCCCGGGUUUACCUUAAUCCCAAAGAGAUUUACCAAGGAGACAAUACAAAGUUUCCAAGAUGCUCUGAAAUCUCUCCACCUGGUGAUAACUGUACUGUGUGCCUGGACCUGUCUUCUUCCAUCAAUAUCUUCUGCUCAGAGCACAUCGGACAAAUAAACCUGGUAGAAGGCAAUGGAAUGUACAUUGGCACCAUCUCCUUAAAAUGUGUAAAGCUGCAGCCCCCUGGCACAAACUCACAACCAAGUGUCUCACUGUCUAAUGUCUCACCAAAUCCAAAUGUGCAUGACAGCACACGUCGCGGAUUGAUUUCUAACUUUGGUGAACAUUCAACUGUGAAUGCACAUCUUGGAUUGAUUUGUAGCUUUGGCUUUUUGAUCGUGUUGGCAGCGCUGGGGAUCUCCUAUCAUUGCUACAAAAAAAGAGGAUUUCAAUGCGUCAACAGUGAAGAAGUCUGAGGAAAGAGGAAGUGUGUGGACUCACUGGAGGCAUUUCUGAUGCAACUGAUAAUGAUUUUAUUAUUCAUUUAGCUGUUGAUUGUUUUCUUAAUAAUGGUAAUAUAUAAUGGCAUUUCAUAAUAAUAUAUGUUUUGAAGUAGGAUACAGUGGAAAUACUCAAUUGAAGUACAAGUAUCUUAACGUGCAAUACUUGAGUAAAUGUACUUAGUGAAUUCCCACCUCUAAAAACUGGUUUCAGUUGUGCUUGCUAGCAAUGUAGAAAUAAGAGAGCUUUUUGCAAAAAUGGCGUAAUGCACAUGUAUCCGCUGUCUUAAUAAA